AUGGUGUGUGCUAAACUUCCCGAUCCGAAAAAGUAUCCCAAAAUGCACGAAAUUGUUGUGAAGCACAUGAUGCACGGUCCUUGUGGUCAUUUACGAGAAACCAGUCCAUGUAUGCAAGGAGAGCCAAAACAAUGUCGGUGGAGAUAUCCUAGACAAUUUAAUGAAGCGACGACACAAAGAGAAGACUCAUAUCUAUUAUAUAGGAGGAGAAACAAUGGGAUAAAGGUCAACGUACGAGGAAAUACACUUGAUAACAGAUGGGUGGUACCAUAUAACCCGAAGCUAUUAUUGAUUUUCAAUUGCCACAUGAAUGUCGAGGUUUGCUUGAGCAUAAAAUCUGUGAAAUAUGCUUUUAAAUACGUUUACAAGGGACAUGACAAACAAGUUGUCUGCAUUGAUCAAGAUGGAGCGGAACCCAUCAUCAAUGAGAUUAAAAGAUAUCAAGACGCACGUUACGUCUCACCCCCUAAGGCAAUAUAG